AUGACACCACUCUACCUAUACUUUAAAGGUGCUACUGGUGCAACCAAUCUUCCAUUUUAUUCUAUUACACAUACUCCAACCCGAGUCAUCUUUGAAAAAGAAUCAUCACAACAAUCCAUGGAAUCACCAUAUGUGUUGGUAUGUAAUUGCAAGAAUCUAUUUGAUCCCCAAACCUAUUUUAAAGAUUCUUCUAAAAGUGGUAAUAUUCAAGUUUUAAUCAAACACUUUUUAAAUGAUCAUCAACCAAGUCAUAAUCAUAUUCAAGAAUGGUAUACAAAUUUAAUGAAAGAAAUCUCUUCUUCUCUUCUUGACUCCUCGUCAACCGCCAUUCUUUUAUAUAUUACCAAUCAAAAGAUAUCGAAUCCAGAAAAGUUAAUAUCAGAAUUUAACCAAUAUUGUAAAGAUAAUAAUCUUGAAAAUAGAUAUUUAUUAUUGUUUGAUCAUGAUACCUUUCAAAUCUUUCUUUCACCAACUUUUUCUCAUCUCUUUAGAUCCUCCCUACAAAGAACAAAUAAAUAA